GGAAAAAUGAGAGAGUAUUUUCUUCAGAGUUACCAUUAUUUUCCUCUAAAAGAGUAAUUUUUACUAAUUUUGGAUUGUAAUCAUUUCCAGUGGCCACUAAAGUCGGAGGAAAAAAAUAGAGUAAAUCUUAUUGGAGUAAUAUCAAGAACACGCCCACUAAACUUUCUUAGGUUUCGUUUCUGCCGCCAUUUUCUAUCGCAGUCGAGGUGAGCGGCAGUUGUGGACGGCGUUGAGACAGGUAAGUCAGCAAACUACUAAAUUCGAUUUUAAACCAAGCCUCACUCUUGUUAGCUUCAUUUACCACAUUUAUGCUUUCACUGAGCUUAAUAUUUACUGACCAUUUUAUCGAAGGUUUACUCUGAAUUUGGUUUGUGCCCUCGGUUAGCAAGUGUGUUUUAAUUAGAUUUUUUCUAGGGAUCAGUCUAGUAUGUGUGGACUGUUUUCUCUGCUGUUCGAUUAGCAAGCACGUGUUGAGUUGACUUUUACCAGUUUGUUCUUCGGUUAGUAAGUGUUUUUUUGUGUGUGGACCGCUAGCAAACACGUGUAUUUUACUCUGAAUUGAGGCCUUUACACCGACCGUUUUAGCUAACUGACAUGUGGUAGCCUAUCGAGCCUACCUGUGCAUAGGGCUUUAGCUAAUUAUAGCAUUGUAGCUUAAGCUAAUUGUAGCAUUCAAUGCAUGACUUGUUGUGCUCUAUAUCAUCUUAGUAUCUUUAUCUUAUCAGUAAGCUUAAUAUUUACUGACCAUUUUAUCGAAGGUUUACUCUGAAUUUGGUUUGUGCCCUCGGUUAGCAAGUGUGUUUUAAUUACAUUUUCUAUGGAUCAGUCUAGUAUGUGUGGACUGUUUUCUCUGCUGUUCGAUUAGCAAGCACGUGUUGAGUUGACUUUUACCAGUUUGUUCUUCGGUUAGUAAGUGUUUUUUUGUGUGUGGACCGCUAGCAAACACGUGUAUUUUACUCUGAAUUGAGGCAUUUACACCGACCGUUUUAGCUAACUGACAUGUGGUAGCCUAUCGAGCCUACCUGUACAUAGGGCUUUAGCUAAUUGUAGCAUUGUAGCUUAAGCUAAUUGUAGGAUUCAAUGCAUGAAUUGUUGUGCUCUAUAUCAUCUUAGUAUCUUUAUCUUAUCAGUAAGCUUAAUAUUUACUGAUCAUUUUAUCGAAGGUUUACUCUGAAUUUGGUUUGUGCCCUCGGUUAGCAAGUGUGUUGUAAUUACAUUUUCUAUGGAUCAGUCUAGUAUGUGUGGACUGUUUUCUCUGCUGUUCGAUUAGCAAGCACGUGUUGAGUUGACUUUUACCAGUUUGUUCUUCGGUUAGUAAGUGUUUUUUUGUGUGGACCGCUGUAUUUUACUCUGAAUUGAGGCAUUUACACCGACCUAUCGAGUCUACCUGUAGGUAGGGCUUUUGUAAUACUCAAGCUAAUUGUAGCAUUCAGUGCAUGAAUUGUUGUGCUCUAUAUCAUCUUAGUAUCUUUCUUUUUUUCCCCAUAAAGGAUGCAUGCUGUAAGAGUGAAGUACCGAGAGCGCCAGAAAUACAUUUGUUAUGAAGGGCAACUGACCUUCAAAUCAUUUUUGGAGUGUGAUGAUUGAAAAGAUUCUGAGGGAGAAACCUGGAGGAGAGAGGAUCCUUACAGAGUAUGCUCGGAAAAAAAGCCUAACAGAUUCCAGAAGACGUGACAUGGUGAAGAUAUUGGUUGCACACAUGGCGAGUGAACAUGGGACGAGCCCUUCAAGGCGUGUUAAAGAGGACUACGCAAAGGGCAUCACUGCCUUGUUUCCAUACCUGGCCGAUCCCCAGGGCACUUUGGGCUAUGAGCAUUAUUACAAUCCAGUAGAUGGGGGUGGAUUUCUUGCAUGGAGAGUGAAAACGCUUCAAAAAGAAGCCUCGGAGGGACAACAGAAAAGAAACCCUCAGCCACUGACAGGUGGUCCAGAUUCUGGUGACAGAACCCCCUUCAGUAAGGAAAAUCAGCUAACCACAGAAACCCAGUGUUGCGAGGCCAUCGCUCUCAUGAAGCAUACAACUGAUGAAGCAAUCAUCAAGGAGAAGAUGAAACAGACCUUCAUCCAUCGCCAAGAAAUGGUUCAUGACCCAGUGAAGUCCUCUGAAAUAUUCACCACCUUUCCAAGAUUUCUUGACAUCACGGGAAUGAUAGUGCAGGAUUUCAGUCUGAUGUUUGGUGAUGACAUCUCUGCAAAGUUCCUGGAGAAGUGGCCUACUCACUACAGGCAGAAAGUCCUUGAACAAACCCGUGGCCUCACCCAGACAAGCGACCUUGAAGAUCUCCUUCAUAACGCUGAAUCCACAACAGAAGAACUGGAAGAUGGAUGGGACAGUGAGAUGUCCUCCAUCUUGCUCCUUAUCCACCUCAUGCCACCAUCACCUCAUGGCCGCAACAAGAGACCAGGAAAGCUCUCUGCCAGACAAGCCAUUGACCACCUUGUGAAAUUCAUCAAGACUGGGACCAGUAUUGAAGGGCAUCUGGACAGCAUCACAGAGAGCCGUCAACCCUAUCUACUGGCUGUGGGAACCAAGAGGAGCGCCACACACAAAUAUUUCAUUGUUAUCGACAAACAUGCAAUCCCGUGUCAGUCACCAGAUUGUCUUGCCUCUUUUGACAAGCUUUUUAAAGCUCAUUUCGUCUUCGCUACCUCGUACAACAGGGAUCUGGCCAAUGUCUACCACUUCUUGCAAACCGCAGUUUAUCAGAUUGAUACUGCUACCACCAAGGUGAAUCCCAGGGUCAAAGAGAUGAGAGCUCGGAUGCUGCACUGAUUUUGACACCUUGAGAUGUUUUGUUUUAUUUGCAAAGGCCCUCAAGCAAAU